AUGCUCGCCCGCGUCCUCCGCAGCCUGCCGCGCCCAACGCCGAUGGCCGCCCGCGCCUUUAGCGACGCGCCCAAGAGCUUCGUGCCCGAGCAUGACAAGCCACAUGCGCGCGCCAUUAUCGUCGACACGGUGCUCGAUGAUGACGAGGAUGAAGACGACGAGGAAGAGAUGGUCACGAUUGGACCCGCCGGCACCGAAUGGGGUGGCCCGUCGCGCGGCGGCAAGUACAUGGAGCCCACGCGCUUUGGCGACUGGGAGAAGAAGGGUCGCUGUAUGGAUUUCUAA